UCGGACAUGGCGAGGAAGAGCACUGGCCCGUCUGAUAAGGAUCGGUAAUUUUUUUUUUUUUUGGGGAUUUUUUUUUUCAAAAACCCAAGAGGCCUUAAAAUCCAAUAAAACCCAUCCCUGGCAUUAAAAAAAUACAAUAGAUCGAUGGACUGAAUGAAGACUGCCUACAACGCCUAUAGAUGCCUGGCCAAGGAUCUGGAUGCUUACGCCAUGAACCCAGAGAUGACAAUGGACAGUAUAGGAAGUCUGCAUGGUGGAGUAACCCAUGAUCAGGAUUUGAUGAGUAGUCCCAGUCCCCAUCACGAUCGGAGCACUGGAGCAUCUUUAAGGAUACAUCAGGACUUGGCGUCUGCAUCUUCGCGAACAGCUAUGGUAUCUAGCAUGGCCACGAUUUUGGAUGGGGCUGGGGAUUACCGUCCGGAAUUGUCUCUGCCGCUCCAUCACGCAAUGAGCAUGCCUUGUGAUACUUCACCACCUGGGAUGGGCAUGAGCGGGACCUACACUACAUUAACACCCCUUCAGCCGCUGCCACCCAUCUCCACAGUAUCCGACAAAUUCCAUCACCCUCAUCACCACCACCACCACCAUACCCACCACCAGCGUCUUUCUGGAAACGUUAGUGGGAGCUUUACCCUGAUGAGGGACGAACGGGGUUUACCAGCAAUGAACAAUCUUUACACCCCCUACCACAAGGACAUGACAGGGAUGGGUCAAAGCUUAUCCCCACUGGGCAGCAGUCCUCUUGGUAACGGUCUGGGUUCAAUCCACAAUACCCAACAAAGCCUCCAUAACUAUGGUGCACAUGGGCAUGACAAGAUGCUCAGUUCCAACUUCGAUGCGCACACCGCUAUGCUGGCCAGGGGGGAUCAGCACCUGUCCAGGGGUCUCGGGGGCCCCUCGGCAGGUAUAAUGCCCCAUUUGAAUGGCAUGCACCAUACUGGCCAUCCAGGCCAUCCUCAAUCUCACGGGCCCGUGUUGGCUUCCAGCCGGGAAAGGCCGCCCUCCUCCUCUGGGACUCAAGGUAACAACUCGGGUCAGUUAGAAGAAAUUAACACCAAAGAAGUGGCGCAAAGAAUCACGGCUGAACUCAAGAGGUACAGCAUCCCUCAGGCGAUAUUCGCCCAGAGGGUGCUGUGCCGCUCGCAGGGGACUCUCUCAGAUCUCUUAAGGAACCCAAAACCUUGGAGUAAACUUAAAUCGGGGAGGGAGACCUUUAGGCGAAUGUGGAAAUGGCUGCAAGAACCCGAGUUUCAAAGGAUGUCAGCCUUGAGACUUGCAGGAGGUUUCUGUAAACAAGACGAGGCAUCUCAACGACUUAUGUUUCCUGCAUGCAAACGCAAAGAACAAGAUUCAAGCAAAGAAAGGAGCAAUACACCAAAGAAAUCCCGUCUGGUUUUCACUGAUCUCCAGCGCCGAACACUUCUUGCCAUCUUUAAGGAAAACAAGCGUCCCUCUAAGGAGAUGCAGAUUACAAUCUCUCAACAGCUGGGGCUGGAACUGACGACAGUCAGCAACUUCUUCAUGAAUGCCCGAAGGAGGAGCUUGGAUAAAUGGAUGGACGAUGGAAGCCCAGGAGCUUCUUCCUCAACCUCCAGUACUUGUACCAAAGCAUGAUGGAUGGGAGCGCACCAAGCCAAGGCACGCUGCUCGUCUACAAUAUUUUUAAAUUUGCUUUCAAGAAGGACUGCUCACUGGUGAACUUGCAACAGGUUAAUGAAACUUGAACACCCCGAUUUUAUCAGCACCUGAUUAAAGCCACUUGCAUUCCUUCAUGCAGAUUAGAUUUAGUGAGAAUUUGCUUUCUUAUUAUACUGACAGGAAAUUUUAAGCAACCCAGCAGCAAACAGCAUACAGUUAAGUAGUACAAAGUCUGCUUCCUUUUUUAGCUCUGCAUUUUUGUAAUAUCCAGUCCACUUUCCAAAGACGUAAAGAAAAGAAUUUACCAAAAAAUACGUGUAAGGUAGCAGUUGCACAACUGGCAGCAAGUGGCUUAAUCCCACCCACCCAACCAGUUUUCAAGAGGUUCCCUUGCCAGUUAGUUUCCAUAGAUUCCAGUGUCAGGUACUGGCGAGAAUGCAAGCACAAAUCUUACAAAUCUACAUAAUGCCGGUAUUCAGGAACAAAUAGGUCUAUGUAUACUGUCUCAAGUAACAUGCAUUGACUAGCGCCAGAUCUCACUCUGCGAGCUCUCAAUAGCUGGUCGAGUAUGUGAGCACAAUCUUUAAGCACAUUUCUUUUGCAAUAGAAAUAGGGCUGUUUAGUGCAUACUGUUCUUCACACAUUAGAAAACUCAGGAUGCCAUUUUUCAAGCAGUUGAAGAACAUAUUAUCUUGAUUGUCUUACUCUUAAAGAUUUACGUAAUUAAUCAUGAAUCUGAAGGUUGCUGCGGCUUCUGGUUUGCAUUGUUUCAGUUCAUGUUUUCUUAACUCGCAGGUUUAAGUGGAAACUUGCACUUGAUACCAAAGUAACUACAUAUAUGUCCACUCAUAUACUACAUUUAUUCAAUUUAGAUAAAAAGGGUAUAUUUUUGUCAAUUAAAAAGUAUCCAUAUUUUUAUUUAUUUAUUUAUGUAUUUAUUUAUUUAUUUAUUACUGUAAUUUUCUUACAUAACCAAAGACUAAAACAGCCUAAGGCUGUUGAACAAAGAAAAAAAAAAAAGAACAGAAGAAUGAAAUUAAAAAUCGAAACAGGAAACAUUAAAGUCAUACAAUUUAGAACUGGUGCAGUAAAUCUCCCUAAAAACUUUUCUCCCAUUAUUUUUAAUUGAUAAACUGACAGUACAAAAUUAAAUCUGCCUUUUUGACUUUCACCCACUCACC